AUGCUUCUCGACGCGUUCCGGACCUCUUCCGAGUCGGUAGCGGCCGGAAUUCUACGUUCUCUGCGCUCUGGGGCUGAUGUUUCCGCUGCACUCCAGGCUGGAGAGGCCGUCUUUCCUCAACCAGUUGUGACUUUGGGACAACCCUUGGAACAACUGUACGACUUACCGCGGCUCAAAGAAUCCCCUUCUGUGCUCUCCCUGUAUGAUCUUCUGCAACCUUUCGACCAAGCCUCAUGUUGUCUCAGUUCCAGUGGGGGAACCUUGGUCCGAUGGACCACGGUAACCCAAGACCCAGCGAUCAUCAGUCACCUGUUGGAGCUGUACUUCACAUACCACCACCCCAUUUGCCCUGUAAUUCCCGAGUCCCUAAUUCGAGCCGAUAUGGCCACUGGAGGCAUGAUGUAUUGCUCGCCUACCCUGAUGAAUGCUGUGUUGGCUGUUGGCUGCACAUUUCUGGGCUUGCAAGACGAAGUCAAGAGUGGCAACGACCCUUGGCCGUCUGUGGAGGCAUUUUUCAAUGAAGCCGAACGGCUCUUGUUAGAACAUCCCGAACCAAGUUUGACUACUGUAGCAGGACUGAGCCUUCUUGCAAUGAUCGAGAACCUGCACCGUCGCUAUCAGCGUGCUUGCAUGUUUUCAAGUCGAGCCUCAUGUAUGGCACUCUUUCUGGGUCUUCACAGGGGGAGAGUGAGCGAGAAAGAGCAAAUCAUGACCGAAGCGGACAAGUUGACUCUGGUUGCCGUGCAGCAGCAGCUAUUCUGGGUCUGUCUUCAGGUGGAUCAAAUGGCUUCCAUCAACGCAGGCUGGCAUUCUCAAAUUGUCGUCGACGAUGUCGAGAUAAGACGGCCCAGCACCGAUAUAGGUGCCGCAACCCACCUCUGCACGCCAUCCCCAACACCAUUAAACUGCGGAGACCGCCGCGGCUGCUGGUUCUACCUAGCGGACCUGGCGAAGAUUGUGCACACGACCCUCUUCCAACCGAGAUCUCUUUCUGGCGCCCACGAGAAGAUCAAUAUAGAGCAUUGGGAAUCUAAGUUUCGGGGGUGGUACAACCAUUUACCAGCCGCCCUCGCCAUUAGUGACACGGCAUCCGCACACGUAAUCGUGGUCCAUAUGUGGUACCAUGACAGCUUGUUACAAUCAUUUCGUCCUCCUAUGGCUCUUGGCCUGGCCGACAUAAGCCUUACGGCGACUCGGAUCUGUCAAGACGCUGCUAAGGCGAUCACUGACCUCUUCAGCCAGUACCAAAGGUCUUUUGGCUUGAAGGGUAUCAAUGCCAUGAUAUGUCAAGCGCUGCUCGAUGCAUAUCGCAUUCAUCUCGAUUGUUUCCCGUCGACCUUGAAGGACAUAUUGACUGUGGUACAAGCCUUUCAAGAGCUUUCGAAGCGACAACCAUGGGCGCAUACAUGGCUCAAGGGCCUCGAAUAUCAGACCCUACACUCCUCUGCCGCGGAAUCUGCUCCACUAGCGGAGGCGGUUGACAGGCGUGUUUUCAUGGUAGAGACCAAUUCUGUCCAAGAAUGUCCAAGCGCGUCGCCCUCAAUCAGUUACGACUGUGACAUGGCAAACAUCAACAAUAAUGUGAGCGCCGCGCAGUCGGAGGCCGACACAGCUGCCCCAUGUCGAGCACCUCGCAAGGAAGAGGACUACUUCUUCUCACCUUUUGCUCGACGCUAG